ACCCUAAGAAAUCUAUUACAAACCUGAAUUUCUAUAAACCCUCCCCAACUGCUCUAUUACUUUUGAUUCAGUUUGCGUUUUUAAUUUUUGUGCUUAGGAUCACUUUGUCCUCUAACAACAUCAGGAAUCUCCAGAAGGCUUGACCCGACCUAGUUUGUGGUGCAAGGACAAGUGCUUGUUCUUCACAUCACCACCAGGAAAUCCCCAUUUGGUGAAGCUGAACAGAAAAGAGAAGAAAUGGGGUUAGGGCUGAGAGAGAUAAGGUGUAGUGGAGAGCCUCUCGUCGACAGUGAGAAUGGGGAGGAGUUGAUGAGGGUGCAGCCUGGUGUAGGCAUAGCCUUGGCCGAUCUUCCUUGCGAGUCCCCUGGCACACUUUAUAUCACUAACAAGCAAAUAAUUUGGGUGAAUGAUGUAGACAGGAGUAAAGGAUAUGCUGUUGAUUUUUUAUCUAUAUCUCUUCACGCCAUCUCCAGAGACCCUGACACUUACCCCCUUCAUUGUUUAUAUACCCAGAUUGACAUAGAAGAAGCAGAUGAGGACCACUCUGAUUCAGAUUCUAAUCAUAUUCAACAAGAUUUGUCUAACAUAUCAGAGAUGAGGCUCAUACCCUCUGAUCCUACUCAAUUGGACGCUCUCUUUGAAACAUUCUGCCGGUGUGCAGAGCUUAAUCCAGAACCAAAUGAUGAGGUGGAAGAAGAACAUAAUUGGAUUUUCAGCGCUGACCAGAUGGAAGAUGAAGAAGCAGAGGAUGAAGGUUAUUUGUCUCAUAAUCCAGCCAACACUAUUGGUCAGUCAAAUGGAGAUCAUGAUCUGGCUCGUACUGUGCUUGAGCUUCAAAUCGAUGAUCGAAGAUUUGAGGAUGCAGAAGAGAUGGAGGAUAAUGGAGAUGGCACCCAUCAUUGAGUGUCGGCGUAUUCUUCAAAGUAGCAUUUUCUAGUGCUUAUCAUCGUUGAGUUUAGGUGUUUUCUUCAAAGUAGCAUUUUCUAGUGUUUAACAAAAGUCAUAUCGACUGUCUAUUGUGUAGUUUGGUUCUAUAUAUGUAAACCUAUUAUGAAACAUCUGAUCAGAGGCAUAGAGCUUGGGAUGGUUUAUCUUGAGCUUUUUUCUCUAUUAUAAAUCGCUGAAUACCGAGUUUAAAGCUGACUAUGUAGAAGAAAUUUGAACAUUGCUUGGAUAAUUUAUUGAAAAUGUACUUGUAUUUAAUUAGUGUCUGGUGCUC